GGAAGUUCCAAAAGCAGUCUACCAGGUCACAGAACCACAAAAGGCAGCAAUAUUAAAAUGGCUUGCGUCUCAGAAGUUUCCAGAUGGCUACUGCUCCAACUUGUCUAGAUGCGUAGACAUGAACAAACUUACCACGACGACGAGCAUGAAAACUCACGAUGCUCAUGUAAUAAUGCAAAGACUUCUACCAAUUGCACUAAAAGAGAUGCUCCCUGAACACGUAUGGUCCUGCAUUACUGAAAUCAGUUUGUUGUUUCAAUCGAUAUGUUCCAGCGUUUUGGAUGCGGCAUCCCUCCGGAGACUACAAGAGUCUGUUCCCAUUCUGAUGUGUAAUCUGGAAAAAAUAAUGCCACCAUCGUUUUUCGAUACAAUGGAACAUCUCAUUAUACAUCUUCCGUAUGAGGCUUUGACUGCUGGGCCCGUCUUCUAUCGGUGGAUGUACAGAUUUGAAAGGUUAGUCACAAUUUCAUUUAAAAAAAGAUUAUUUAUUUCACAAUAACUAUUAACAUGUGUAUUAUUGCAUUAUUGCAGAUUUCUAGGAGAGCUGAAAAAGAAAGUGACCAACAAGGCACACGUUGAGGCUUCAAUUUGUCAAGCGUAUCUUCAACAAGAAAUCUCAACGUUCUCGUCUUUUUACUUCGAGCGUGAAGUCAUCACCAGAAGGAAGAGACCUGCCCGGAACGAUGAUAUUGGCGAGGAUUUAUAUGAAAAUGUAGUUUCCAUCUUCAAUUACCCAGGCAGAGGUAAAGGUGCUGCGACACAACGAUACAUCCUGGGUGGGGAAUUGCAAAUUGCGCAUACUUAUAUCCUCAUGAAUUGUCCAGAAAUCUCACCGUUUUAUCAGUAAGUUAAAUUUGUAGUUAUAAUUGUAAUACUUAUAAAUUAAAUUUGUAGUUAAUUUAUAGUUUUUUUUUUUUAUUUUUGACUUCACAGUGAAUUCCGAGCUUCUUUAUCAGCCUUUCCUGAGAAUGAAAUAGAUGCGUUGGUGGACUCUGAUUUUGUAAAUUGGUACAAGUAUCAGAUCAAUAGUCGUGGGAUUGUCGACCCUUUGUUAGUAUCAUUAGCGUGGGGCCCAGGUGCCAGUGCCAAAGUGUGGCGGCAAUAUGUGAUAAACGGUUACACAUAUCACACAGCCGAUUACGGAGAGGGCCGACCAACAACGAACAGCGGGUUAUGUGUCCCGACCAUCGGUUAUGAUAACUCGGAAACCAGUUUUUUUGGUGUCCUGCAGGAGAUUCUGGAACUUGAGAUGCCUUCUUGUGCGAAAAAAUUGACAUGCGUUCUGUUCCGUUGCACAUGGGUCGACCCCACACGUGGCGUGCGCAAAAAUCCGAAGUAUAAUAUGAUUGACGUCAACCUCUCUCGUGUGUACCCAAAAAAUGAGCCUUUCAUACUCGCCCAACAAGCAGCGCAGAUUUAUUAUGCAGAAUAUCCUUCAACAAGGCGGACACAGAAUCCUUGGGUGUGUGCAUGUCCUGUCCGUCCGAACAAAAUAAAAUCACA